AUCCUGCUCAGGCCCUAGGCUGCCGGUCCAGCCGUCUGCCCACCUGGGCACCGUCUCCUGGCUGGCUGGUUGUUGCCUCCCACAUACGGCUGGCACCCUUGCUGGCAGCUGGGCAGCUGGGCCUGCAUCCUCCAUCACCUCGGGGACGGGGGCUGGCCAGGGGCUGACGGAGGCAGGGAUCCGCCCUCUAUCCCGGGGCAUUGCUCUUCCUCAUUUCAAGGCUGAUUCAAGCUCUAAGCAAAACUGGUCAAAUAUUUUCCUUCUCCCUUUGGUCUCAGUCUCUCUUUCUCUCUCUCUCUCUCUUUCUCUUUCUCUUUUUCUCUCUCCAAGUUUGCCCUCAGAAGUGCUGGCUGGGGCCUGGCUCCUAGUGCCUGCAGCUCUGCCUGGGGCAGGAGAGUGAGCUUUGCCCCCCGCACAAACACCGGAGCAUGAUGCCCCAGCUGCUGUUCAAAGAUGCCUUUUGGCUCCCUGAGGGCUUCCUUUGACUCCUUGAAGCAGCAGAUGGAGAACGUGGGCAGUGCCCACCUCCAGCUGGCCCUGACCCUGCGCGAGGAGCUGCGGAGCCUUGAGGAGUUCCGAGAGAGGCAGAAGGAGCAGAGGAAGAAGUACGAGGCCGUGAUGGAUCGCGUCCAGAAGACCAAACUGUCACUCUAUAAGAAAGCCAUGGAGUCCAAGAAGACAUAUGAGCAGAAGUGCCGAGACGCAGACGACGCGGAGCAGGCCUUCGAGCGCAUCAGCGCCAACGGCCAACAGAAGCAGGUGGAGAAGAGCCAGAACAAAGCCAAGCAGUGUAAGGAUGCGGCCUCAGAGGCAGAGCGGGUGUACAAGCAGAACGUGGAGCAGCUGGAGAAGGUGCGGGGCGAGUGGGAGCAGGAGCACCGGACCACAUGUGAGGCCUUCCAGCUCCAAGAAUUUGACCGGCUGACCAUCCUGCGCAACUCACUGUGGGUGCACUGCAACCAGCUGUCCCUGCAGUGCGUCAAGGAUGACGAGCUCUAUGAGGAGGUGCGGGUGGCGCUGGAGGGCUGCAGUGUGGACACUGAUAUCAACAACUUCAUCCAGGCCAAGAGCACUGGCACGGAGCCCCCGGCUCCAGUGACCUACCAAAACUACUACAAUCGGGACGUGACCCCCAGCACAGGCAGCCCUGGAAUCCAGCCGUCCUGUGGGAUGAUAAAGAGGUUCUCUGGGCUGCUGCAUGGAAGUCCCAAGACCCCAUUACUGGGAGCUUCUUCAGAAACCCUGGCCCCCGAGCGGAACGAGGCGGUGUACGCCUCGGUGGCUGUGAAGGAGGUGCCCGGAGCCGAGGGGCAGCCAGCACAGGGGUACCGUGUGCUCUACGACUACACGGCCCAGAAUGCUGACGAGCUGGACAUCUCUGCGGGGGACAUCUUGGUGGUCAUCCUGGAGGGGGAGGACGGCUGGUGGACAGUGGAGCGGAAUGGGCAGCGUGGCUUUGUCCCUGGUUCCUACCUGGAGAGGCUCUGAGGGAGGGGUGGGGGACCAUCUGGACCUCCUCUGUUGGUGUGCCCCCACUUCUGCCUGGCCUGACUGGGACCCUGGAGCCAUGCCAGCUGGGUUCUGGGUGCUUGGUACUGGCUACAGUAUGAGUGGCUGGUCUCCCACAGAAAUAAAGGGGUACAUCCCUUCUCUUCA